AUGGUAUAUGGGCUUUCGCCAAACCUGAAAGAAAUUCAUAUAGAUCGCGACCGCCUAGGUGGUUUCGCAGCACGGUUUCCCUUGAAACCUGCCUAUAGUUGGAACCAACACUGGCAGGGUUUUACCUUGGACAAAAAACUUCCAGGGACAUUUCAAAAGGGUGCGCUAGAGCGCAUAGUGUUGUCCAAAAGAGAAACAGACAUCAUCAAACGGGAUAUAGAACCGUGGAGUGAGUAUACAGAUUUCUCAAAGUUGCGUGUCUUGAGGCUCUGUCCCGAUGUCUGUAACAUUCGGGAAGACGUGCUAGAGUACCUUUUGACCUUUAACUUUGCAUGUCUUGAGACAUUUGAACUAUGGAUGGGAAAAUUUAGUCGGACCUCCUUUUUUCUUCUGCCAUGCUCAUCUUCCUUUGCCCGUGCUAUUAAACGGUUUCUCGAACAAGUACCUGCUCUAUCGACUCUUAAGCUUCAGGAUUGGGACCCAAAACUUGAGCUGGAUGUUCUCCAAUAUUCCAACCUACGCAAACUUCAUUUAAAGCCAGUGGUUGGUUCGUCUGUAUCCCUCAACAACCUCAACCAUAUAGCCAAAUACUGCCCUUUACUUUCGACCCUUGUCAUAACCCUCCGCCGCCUUCGGGGAAACGCAGAUGAGGUCAAAAUGUAUAAAGUUCUAGGCUCUAUGGCCAGACUAGCCUACCUGGAUCUCUUAUUGGUUGUGGAAGACCCCAAGUUUCGCUUGGGAGGUUGCGGGAAGGCGCCUGAUAUUCCUAGCGAUCCUUCUUUCGAUGACUUUGACAAGGAAUUUUAUCCCCAGAUAACCCUCGGAUAUUACAAAUGCCCCCGUAAAGGACAUUUGCGGGAUGGGUUCAUAAAUAGUGCUCUUGACGCCGACCUGGUUUCCUCUAUUUUUCGCACGAUAAAUUCGGCUAAGCCAGAUAUAUCGGUCCUACUCAAAAAGAUGACCAUUAGAGUCGAUACAACGGAAUUCACAAAUGAUAUACAUGAUAGGGGCGCAAGUACGCUUUACUACAAUGUCCUCAGAUAUCUCGGUGUAGAGUGGACAGUAGAACGAAAUUACUCAGAUCUUACUAUGGAUAACCUCAUCGCGAUCAGAACAGGGAAGAACAGAAUCGAGUGGAAUAGAUGUUUUCAGUCCUUUGGUGAUACGUGCCUUGACCUAGGCGCUGUAUUCCAUAAUCUGUGGCCAUCAAAAGGGGGAUCUAGCGAAGCAAAUGACUGGCAUAGCUUCCCACUGGCAACGGGUGAUAAUGAAGCAGAAAUAGAGCGAUGGCUCAACAGAAACAAGUCAGGUUAA